UGUUCACCUCUUCCUUCUGUUGUUCUCUGCUUCCAGGUUGGUGGCACGAAGGCUGGUGUAGUCCGGUUUCUUGGGGAGACAGACUUUGCCAAGGGGGAGUGGUGCGGCGUGGAGUUGGAUGAACCUCUGGGGAAGAAUGACGGGGCUGUUGCUGGAACAAGGUAUUUUCAGUGUCAACUCAAAUACGGCCUGUUUGCUCCGAUCCACAAAGUCACCAAGAUUGGCUUCCCCUCCACCACGCCAGCCAAAGCCAAGGCCGCGGCAGUGAGGCGAGUGAUGGGAACCACGCCGGCCAGCAUGAAGUGCAGCCCAUCCGCCUCCUCUCUCAGCUCCAUGAGCUCCGUGGCCUCCUCCGUGAGCAGCAAGCCCAGCCGGACAGGACUGUUGACCGAAACCUCCUCCCGUUACGCCAGGAAGAUCUCCGGCACCACCGCCCUCCAGGAGGCCCUGAAGGAGAAGCAGCAGCAUAUUGAGCAGCUGCUGGCCGAACGAGAUCUAGAGAGGGCGGAGGUGGCCAAGGCCAUGAGCCACGUCGCGGAGAUAGAGCAGGAGCUCGCCCUGGCCCGGGACAGACAUGACCAGCACAUCCUGGAGUUGGAGGCCAAGAUGGACCAGCUUAGAACGAUGCUGGAAGCUGCCGACUGGGAGAAGGUGGAACUUCUCAACCAACUUGAAGAGGAGAAAAGGAAGGUUGAGGACCUUCAGUUCCGGAUUGACGAAGAGUCAAUUACUAAGGGCAAUCUUGAGGCUAGUAGCAUCACCAGAGAGCUGCAGGGAAAAGAGCUAAUGCUUAAUAACCUUCAGGAAAACUUGAGCGAAGUCAGCCGAGUGAAAGAGGCUUUGUAAAAAGAACUGCAGACUUUGAAAGAUAAGUUCGCUGAUGCUUCAGAGGAGGCAGUCUCUUUUCAGAGAAGUAUGCAAGAUAUGGAGGCAAAAUUCAGAGAGAGAGAUGAAAGGAAAGAGCAGCUGUUAAAGGCAAAGGAAAAACUGGAAAAUGACAUUGCAGCAAUAAUGAAAAUGUCUGGAGACAAUUCUUCUCAGCUGACAAAAAUGAACGACGAACUACGUCUGAAAGAAAGAGAUGUAGAAGAAUUACAGCUGAAACUCACCAAGGCUAACGAAAACACAAGCCUCCUGCAGAAAAGUAUCGGGGAAGUAACUCUCAAAGCCGAACAAAGUCAGAAAGAAGCAGCUAAAAAGCAUGAGGAAGAAAAGAAAGAACUGCUGAGAAAACUAUCAUACCUGGAAAAGAAGAUGGAAAUGAGCCGCAACGAGUGUCAAGAUCUGAAAGCCAGGUACGAGGAAGCCACUUCUGAGAGCAGAGCCAAGCACGAAGAAGUUCUGCAGAACCUCCACAAGCUGCUCCGGGACACAGAGGAGCGGCUGAAGGCUACACAGGAGGAGAACUGUGAGCUGCUGCAGAAGCUGGAGGAGCUGGGGAAGCAAGCCGAAGGAGCCAAAUUGGAUACUCUUAAAGAAAACAACUUGAAAAACGUGGAAGAGCUGAACAAAUCAAAAGAGCUUCUGAUGGUAGAGAACCAAAAAAUAGAAGAAUUAAAGAAAGAAAUGGAAACCUUGAAGCAGGCAGCAGCUCAGAAGUCCCAGCAGCUCUCAGCGCUGCAAGAAGAGAACGUGAAACUUAACGAGGAGCUGGGGAGGAGCAGGGACGAAGUCACCAGUCACCAAAAGAUUGGCUUCCUCAAUUCAGUAGUGGUAGACCUUCAGAGCAAGAAUCAGGACCUCACGAUGAAGGUGGAGAUGAUGUCAGAAGCAGCCCUGAACAGGGACGGGGAUGACCUGAACAAUUACGACAGCGAUGACCAGGAAAAACAGUCCGAGAAGAAACCCCGCCUCUUCUGUGACAUAUGUGACUGCUUUGAUCUGCAUGACACAGAGGAUUGUCCCACCCAGUCCCAGAUGUCUGAGGACCCUCCCCAUUCUGCACACCACGGCAGUCGGAGCGAGGAACACCCAUACUGUGAAAUCUGCGAGAUGUUUGGGCACUGGGCUACCAACAGCAAUGAUGAUGAGACCUCCCACCCAGAACUGGGCUCUCUCAGAUGUGCUAGCAUGUAGGCAACUGACCACCAGCAUUUUGCGUGCAGAAAGAACAAUAAAGGGGGGGUUUCACCUCUGAUUUUUGUCUUCUUGAUUUUUAAAAAGUAGUCCAUUGCACCAGAUGCCAUUACACUCAUCGUCCCUAUGAGGGAGACCUCACAGAACGACUCCUACCCUGCCAGUACCUUAUUUAAGUUAACUUUAAAUUAUACUGUUCCUCUUCAUAUUUGCACUAAAAUAUUUCCAGGCUGCAUUUGUAUAUUUAGAUGUUUGGGUUAAGCUUUGACACUGGAAUGAGUUGAAAAAAAAAAAGUAUGCCACUUUGCAUUUUCAUCUACUCAUUUAUUUUAUUUUUAGUCAAAGAAAUAGCUGAGUUCUUUGCACUGCCCGAUGUCAGUAGUGCCUUUAUUUAAGGCUUGAUGAUACUUUUAGGUGUGACUAUAAAAUCAUGAACCAGGUAAAGGGAGGGGGAAGCCCCCAGACUGCUGUGGGGACGUUUUCUUAUAAUCUCGAUGCUGCACCCACUUUACUCUACUGUGGUGUUUUGUUGAUCAGUUUUGCAUAAUUUCAGCUUCUAUAUAUUAUAUGUAUAUAUUUUUGUAAAAUCUAUAUUUUGGGAAAAAACAUAUACAGUAUGUCUUUCUUUUCAGAUUUUUAUCUUUAUGAAAAAGGAAACACUUAAAAUGUUCAUCAGGACCUCACGGGCUAGGCCAGGAUCAGCAUCACGUGGCUUCGCAGCUGUGUGUUCUCUCUUCAUUUUCUUUCUUUAUCAGGAAUAAGUAACUGGGAGAAUUUUCUCCAGAUUUUGUUUUUCUUCUCCAACAAAUAUCCCCAGCAGUCGGUUAAUUAGAUAAUAAGUCACUCUAAAACACCUAAAGGAACCAAUCUACAAUCUUUACAAGUUUUGGUUUUUUUUUUACUGUGUUUUUAGAUGAAUGUACGGUGAGAAAUUCAACAUUAAUAGUUUUGGAUUUUCUUAUCACAAAAAAUAAAAUGAAGGACCUCAACCACAAGUUUAGCAACCAGUUUGAAUCUAUUUAUCUUCAUUUGAAUGUCUUUUAGAAUAUGUAAAAAGGAAUAAAUAAAUGUAUCUUCCAGGAGACAUUUAUAAUAAGAACUUCUAUAACUGUAUAUAUGCCUUUGAUAUAUUUUCCCCUCCAGAUUAUCAGCUAUGUGUUUGACAAGUGAAAAAUAAAUAUGUAAUCAGUUGAAAUUUGGGAUUAUAAACAAACAUAUCAUAAUAGGAACUGUCUCACAAACACAAAAUGUAAAGCAGUAUUAAAAUCCAAACAAACAGGUGUUCUGUA